AUGGCAAUCCAGAGAAACAGAUUCCAAUUGGUGUUGCUUGUGUUUCUUAUUGUAGCUGAUUUGUGCUCGGUUAAAAAUGCUCUCGCCAGCAACGCUCAGUUCCAGAAAGAAUCCGAGUACAUGGCUACUCACGGAAAAUGCGAGAAAAUAACAAUACCAUUGUGUAAAGAUAUUCAAUACAAUGAAACAAUCAUGCCCAAUUUGUUAAACCACAUGAAGCAAGAGGAUGCCGGGCUGGAAGUGCACCAGUUUUUCCCUCUAGUGAAGGUGCAGUGCAGCAAACAGUUGAAGUUUUUCCUGUGCACGAUGUAUGUGCCCGUGUGUACAGUCUUGGAGGAUGCCAUUCCGCCAUGCCGGUCUUUGUGUAACGAGGCGAGGACCGGGUGCGAGAGCUUGAUGAAUAAAUUCGGGUUCGAGUGGCCUGAAACUUUGAGGUGUGACCAGUUCCCACCUUCAGGGUUGUGUGUUGGGGAGAAUACCACUUCUACGGAGCCAUCAGAGACUACGGCCAAGUCGUCUCAUCGCAAUCAAGGUAGAGUUAUGUUUAUAAAUGUUUUCAAAGCAGGUGUUCAUGGAUGGGACACAUGGUUGCCCUCAUCUGACUCUGUCUUCCAGUGCCCAGCUGUUCUGACUAUGCCCAAAGGAUUCGACUAUCACCUAAAAAUUGGAGACCACAUGGAAAAGAACUGCGGGGCCCCGUGCCAUAACAUGUUUUUUGAUAAAAAUGAGCGGAAAUUUGCUCGGUGGUGGAUCGGAAUCUGGUCCUGUAUUUGUCUUGCCUCAACGCUUUUCACGGCUCUGACUUUCUUGAUUGACAUGCAAAGGUUUAGAUACCCUGAGCGACCUAUCAUAUUUCUGUCAGGGUGCUACUUCAUGGUCGCGCUGGCUUAUGUGAUUGGCUUCUCUGUCAAGGAGAACAUUUCCUGCAGUGGUCCCUUCGAGCCUCCGAAUGCAAACACUAGAAGGGAGGACAUGCUUCAGGUUGUGACCCAAGGCACCAAAAAGGAAGGCUGCACCAUUCUGUUCAUGAUGCUCUACUUCUUCAGCAUGGCCAGCUCCAUCUGGUGGGUGAUUCUGACCCUGACCUGGUUCCUGGCUGCUGGUAUGAAAUGGGGUCAUGAAGCUAUUGAAGCCAAUGCUCAGUACUUUCAUCUGGCUGCCUGGGCUGUGCCUGCCAUUAAAACCAUUGCCAUUUUGGCAAUGGGUCAGGUCGAUGGAGACAUACUCAGUGGAGUUUGCUACACAGGAAUUUUUGAUGUUGAUGCCCUGCGAGGCUUUGUAUUGGCACCCCUAGUUGUAUACCUGAUAAUCGGCACUUCUUUUCUUCUUGCUGGAUUUGUUUCUUUGUUUCGGAUUCGUACAAUCAUGAAAAGUGACGGGACAAAGACGGAUAAACUGGAAAAGCUGAUGGUUCGAAUUGGAAUUUUCUCAGUUCUGUAUACAGUUCCGGCAACCAUUGUUAUUGCAUGCUACUUCUAUGAACAAGCUUCCCGUGAUAAAUGGACAGUGGCUUGGUAUGACAGCGAAUGCAACCACUACAAUGUCAAUUGCCCAGAUGGCAUAACCUCCAAAUCUUGGCCAGAUUUCAGCGUGUUCAUGAUCAAAUAUUUGAUGACUGUAAUUGUGGGCAUCACAUCAGGCGUAUGGAUCUGGACUGGGAAGACUUUCCAGUCAUGGAGAUCAUUCUCUACCAGAAUCUGUUUCUAUGGAAACAGUGGGUCAGUUGUGUAA